AUGACAAUAUCAAGUUAUCGUAAGCUGUGUCUCGUUUUGCUCCUCGGAGCCCUAGUUUUCUCCACCACAACCACCGCGAGCCGGAAGCUUCAGGACGGUUCUUUCAAGGAUGAGAAGACGCUCUUUCCUGGGCAUGGCGGUGGACUAGGUGGGGGUGGCGGUUUGGGAGGUGGUGGUGGAGCGGGCUAUGGAGGCGGUGCUGGUGCAGGUGGUGGGCUUGGUGGAGGUGGUGGACUCGGAGGUGGUGGCGGCGGUGGACUAGGGGGUGGAGGUGGAGCUGGUGGGGGAGCUGGCUAUGGGGGCGGGGCUGGUGCUGGAGGCGGAGCUGGAGUUGGCGGCGGGGGAGGGUAUGGUGGCGGUGCUGGUGGAGGAAUAGGUGGUGGUGCCGGAGGAGGGUAUGGGGGUGGAGCGGGUGCUGGUGGAGGACUAGGUGGAGGAGCUGGAGGUGGUGGUGGCUUUGGCGGUGGCGGUGGCAGCGGAGGUGGACUUGGCAGUGGAGCCGGUGGUGGGUACGGCGGAGGAGCUGGUGGUGGAUUAGGUGGUGGAUAUCCUUGA